AUGAAAAAAAAUUUUUUAAUUUAUUUUAUAUCACUUUAUAUCUUAUCAUUGGUAUUUUUUAUUGUUGGAGAAUCACCUCAACACAAUAAAUUAAUUACAAAAAAGAUUUUAAAAAAUUACAAUAAAAAACAUCGUCCGGUAAAGGCUGAGUCAAGUCCAGUUAAUAUUUUUGUUCAACUUCGAAUUUCUCAUGUUGAGUCUAUUAAUCAAAAAGAACAAGCUAUGUAUUUACAUGGCCAAUUAUUUACCUCCUGGAAAGAUGAAUAUUUAACAUGGAAUCCGGAGGAAUUUAAUCAUACAACAGCAAUCUAUCUUGAUCCUUUCCAAAUAUGGCAACCAGCAUUAACUUUAAUAAAUAAUGCUGAUGCCAAAGGAUGGAAUAUACAUCUUGGAUCAACACCAGCUUUAGUCUCAUCCUCAGGAUAUGUUAUACUUUCAGGAAUUUUUAGUUUUUAUGUAACAUGUAAAUUUGAUUUCAGUUAUUAUCCAUAUGAUACACAGGAAUGUCCAAUAGCAUUAACUGAAUGGAUUUAUGAUGUAUCAAAAGUUAAUUUAUCUGAAUACACAAAUGAUCAAGCCAAGCCAAUAUUAAAAUUAAGUUGGGAUCCAAUUAGAAAUAAAAGUCGUGAACAUGCUGGUGAAUGGAGAAUCGAGGAUACAUGGAAACGUCAUUGUUACUGGGGACCAGAAGGAUGUGUUGAUACAAUAACAAAUUUACAGCUUGAAUGGUACUGGAGUGUUGUUGAAUUUGGUAUAAAAAUAACAAGAGAAGCAUCAUAUUUUACAAUGACUAUAACAAUUCCUACUAUAACUGCUGUAUUAAUAACACUUACGUCAUUUUGGAUAACAAGCUAUAAAAUCGCAUUAAUUCUUGAUAUAUUUUCAAUAACAAUGCAAGGACUUUUUGGAUGGAAUCUUAUACAUAGUUUACCUCCAGGAAAUGGUAGUGUACCAAGAAUUGUUUAUUUAUAUGGUGGAAAUUUAUUAUUAACCUUAAUAGCUUAUAUAAUACAUGUAUUAUUGGGACAUUUAGAAUACAUCUAUCCAGAGGGAAUAUAUUUUCCAUCACAUAUAACAAAUAUUACUAAAGUUUUAAGAAAAAAAAAAUUUUUCCAAGUUGAAGGAAUAACAUUUGAUCCAUCAGUUAUGAUAAAUGAAAAAAUUGAAAAUAAUGAAAAUUUAGUUGAUUUAGAAGAUCCAAUGAUAAUUGAGAAUCAUCCUAAUAUAAUUGAAGAUUUAAAUAAUGAAAAUAAUAAAGGAAUAAUUUGUUUAGAAAAUUUAUCACCAGACUCAGACAUUGAAUUACAUGAAAAUGUUAAGUAUAAUGAAGAAAAUGGUAUUAAUUUAUCUUUAAAUAACACUAUAAAUGAUGAAGAUGAAGAAAAAAAGUGUAAAGUAACAGAAGUAAAUUUAACAAGAAAUCAAUUAAAUGACCAACUAUUUUUAAUUCGACGAUUAAUGUUUAUUAUUUUUGUAGUACUUUAUCUUAUAAUUCUUUUUAUUUGUUGUCAAUAA